UUGAAGGUUGUAUAUAGCCGCACAUCACUGGAGAUUGAAAACAGUCCUGUCUCGGCUCGACGGCCCAGGACAAGCUGCAGAAGGCGGUCAGACCUCUCCUCCUCCGCCCCCCUCCUCCAUCCUACCUCUGAACCCCACCAACCUCCGGUCCUGCAGCCGGGACGUAGUGUGUGUGUGUGAGAGGAGAGAGAGAGGGUGGAAAUGCCGCAUACACGGACGUGAACACUCAAAGUUGGAUUCCAUAGGAUAGCCAACAAAAUGCAAUGUGAGAGCGGUGUCGGUUUUCCUCAAGGUCAAUAUCUGAGCACCGUCAGACGCGCCUCACGGACGACUUUGCUGGCAGUCGGAGGGGAAGAAGAGGAGAUGAGUGGAGGGGAUGCCGCGGGGUCUUCUGCUCUGUUCGCCAGCAUCAGUGAUGACACCUUUCACAGACGCGGACACUGAUAGCCACUGACAGAAAAUCAAAAAUCUGUCAUUGGAGAAACAGAUAAAGAGCAUUAUUAGUUGUGCGCGUGGUUGCUACAGUCCCCACUAGCCGCGCGGUAUCUUGGCGUUUCCUGCUUUCUCCAAACGGCCUGUCAGUGUUUACCUGGCUGUGAGCGACACUAAACUCAAGCUAAUUCACGUCAAAAAAGAGAUUUUUUUUUUAAUGUAGGCAACACGAAAACCGACGGCUCCAUCCUGUUUCGCAUGUACGUCGUUUUCCAGAGUUGCUUCACAAGCGUUGCACAAUUAUAGCAAAGUUGCACCCAACUUCCUUGAACUUCCUUGGCUUAUUGUUUUCCACGCGUGAUUUUGACAACUCUUGUUUUUGUUUUGUUUGUGUUUUUGUUUUUUUCUCAAGUGACAUCGCUGGUCACCAUCGACAACAUGCCUUCCAGGACGGGCUCACACCGCCCGGCCAGCUUCGGGAGCAGUUUACCGGAGCGGGCUCUGCUCCUGGUGCUGGUCUUGGUGUUCCUGCAGGGCUCCGUGCUCCCCCUCGGAGCCGCCAGCUCUCCGGAUGUCAGCCACCAGGACAAAACGGACAACCACAAAGUUGAGGCCCAGGGGCACAAUUACACCAAGAAGGCUUUCCCCGUCCUGAGCAUUGACUAUCACUACAUACAGACCCCUUUCGAAAUCUCGUUAUGGGUGCUGCUGGCCUCUUUAAUGAAAUUAGGGUUCCACCUAAUCCCCCGCCUAUCCAGCAUCGUGCCAGAGAGCUGCCUGCUGAUUGUGGUGGGCCUGCUUGUUGGGGGGCUCAUCAAGCUGGCCGGGGAGCAGGUCCCUCCUGUGAUGAACACCAGACUCUUCUUCCUCUGCCUGCUGCCGCCCAUCAUUCUGGAUGCGGGCUACUUCUUGCCCAUUCGUCCCUUCAUGGAGAACCUGGGCACCAUCCUGAUGUUCGCUGUGGUGGGCACCUUGUGGAACGCCUUCUUCAUCGGGGGCCUUCUGUACGCCGUGUGCCAGAUCCAGCCGGACAAUCCAUCCAGCCUGCACCAGAUAGAGUUGCUGCCCUGUCUUCUCUUCGGCUCCAUCAUCUCGGCGGUGGACCCCGUGGCCGUGCUGGCUGUGUUCGAGGAGAUCCACAUCAACGAGCUGCUGCACAUCCUGGUGUUUGGCGAGUCGCUGCUCAACGAUGCAGUCACUGUGGUGCUGUACCACCUGUUUGAGGAGUACUCAGGUAUCGGCACGGUGUCGGUGUUGGACGGCUUCCUGGGAGUCAUCUCUUUCCUAGUGGUCGCGCUCGGCGGCGUCCUGGUCGGCGCCAUCUACGGCAUCCUCGCUGCCUUCACGUCACGCUUCACCUCACACACACGUGUCAUCGAGCCGCUCUUUGUCUUCGUCUACAGUUACAUGGCCUACCUGUCGGCUGAGAUGUUCCACCUGUCCGGCAUCAUGGCACUGAUAGCAUGCGGAGCAGUCAUGCGCCCCUAUGUGGAGGCCAACAUCUCCCACAAGUCCCACACCACUAUCAAGUACUUCCUGAAGAUGUGGAGCAGCGUCAGCGAGACUCUCAUCUUCAUCUUCCUGGGUGUGGCCACCGUGGACGGACCACACAACUGGAACUGGACCUUUGUCACUGUCACCGUCAUUCUGUGUCUGGUGGCCCGAGUCAUAGGUGUGGUGGGUCUGACCUACGUGAUCAACAAGUUCCGUAUUGUCAAGCUGACCACCAAAGACCAGUUCAUCGUGGCCUACGGUGGCCUGCGAGGUGCCAUUGCCUUCUCCCUGGGCUUCUUGCUGGACCCAGCCCACUUCGCCAUGCGAGAAAUGUUCCUCACAGCCAUCAUCACUGUCAUCUUCUUCACUGUCUUUGUCCAGGGUAUGACCAUCAAACCGCUAGUGGAGCUGCUGGCUGUGAAGAAGAAGCAGGAGGCCAAGCGCUCCAUUAACGAGGAGAUCCACACACAGUUCCUGGACCACCUACUGACUGGAAUUGAGGACAUCUGUGGACACUACGGCCACCACCACUGGAAAGACAAGCUGAACCGCUUCAACAAGAAGUAUGUGAAGAAGUGCCUGAUUGCGGGCGAACGCUCCAAGGAGCCCCAGCUCAUCGCCUUCUAUCACAAGAUGGAGAUGAAGCAGGCCAUUGAGCUGGUGGAAAGUGGAGGGGGUGUCAAGCUGCCCGCUGCCAUGCCUUCCACUGUCUCCAUGCAGAACAUCCAGCCCAAGAAGCCCCCGCCUGCCCUGCCUCCAGAGAGGGCUCUGCCCCAGCUGUCCAAGGGCAGAGAGGAGGAGAUCAGGAAGAUCCUCAGGAGUAACCUUCAGAGGACACGCCAGAGGCUGCGUUCCUACAACAGACAUACUCUGGUGGCAGAUCCGUACGAGGACGGCUUAAAUGACUUCCUCAUCAAAAAGCAGAAGAUAAUCGAGCUGGAGAAGAAGAUAACAGAAAUGAAUAACUACCUGACAGUACCAUCUGCUCCUCCUGACUCCCCGACCAUCACCAGAGCCAGACUGGCCUCAGACCCGCAGGCCUACAGUGUGAAACCUACGUCAGACAGCGUGCCCACUAUCCAAGUGGACCUGGCCUCUCCUCAGUCUCCAGACUCCGUCAACCUGAUGGAUGAGUUCAGAAACGCCCGCCAGCCGGAGCAGGAUGAGGACCGGGGCCUGAUGAUGAAGCCUCCCUCAGAGGCAAAAGGACCCAAGAGGCCAGAGGACGCAGAGGGAGCCAAGGACCAACAGAGGCUGAUGAGGUGCCUGAGCGACCCGGGUCCCAGUGCUGAUGAGGACGAGGAUGAACCCUUCCUGCCCUAAGAUUGUUCCGUGCACCGGGUCUGACACAGAGGGGCCGGGAUGCAUGCCCUUCUCUUCAAAACAUGGUUGUAGAGGAGAGAGGGUCACUUUAAUGCUCUAACCUAUUUCUGGUUUAAAAACCAAACAAGCCAAAACUGCAAAAGGAGCAUAAACAGUAUGUUCUGUGUGAACAAAAAACAAAGAGCAAAAGAGAUUGCUUAAGCAGAAAAAAGAGCCAUCACUUUGUUAUCGUCAUUGCUCUUUAUUCCUUAAAACAGGAUUGGACAAGCAGUCGCUGCUAUCUGGGAGGUUUUGGUUUUCAUGGCUGAUGUGAGACAUCUGGGAUAGAACUAUGCAUUACCAAAGGUUUGGACUGUUUUAGUGUCGACAUUGUCAUCUUUAUUUUUAGACAGCGUCUUUCAUGCUCAUUUUAGUGUGUUAUGUUUAAUGAGUUCAUGCUUGUUAAUUUUGUUGGUGUGUUUAUGUUUUCAACAAUAAUUUCUGUCUUUAAGGCUACAUUCUGGAGGAUGUGCACGUCAAAUAAGUCAGGGCUUCUGCCCUUAAUGUAAUCAACAUAGCAAAUGAAUUCAAUCCAGUUUUCACAUUCAGUCAUAGCACUUACUUUUUAGACAUUCCUUUUAAAUUAAUGUUUCACUGAAACUGCUCUAAGAUUAACAAUGUACAAACUUGUAUUCAGUCACUUGAAAUCGCUGAUAUUCAAACUUCAAGACUGUAGCUUAAGUAAUUUGCCUUAUUUUAUGUCAAACACAGAGUGUUUUUAGUCAGUGCAUUUUUUCUUGAAUGGAAAUCUUUAAAUACACCUUUAAUUUCAGGGGUACUAAUGUGUGUGACCUGAUGCCAGUCAGGUGGUUUAGGCUUUUACUUGAUGUAUCCAUUGUUCAUGGGAUGUAGGAAAAAGUUGGAUGUAUUUCAUCACUGUGCAAUCCUCUGUGAAAAGGACCACUCAUCUUUACAGUGGAGUCUCGUCUAUGGAGACCUGUGGCCUUGCCCUGUGGAAUCAGUCGAGUGUGGACUUGAAAUUUCUCACUGCUCCACAAGAGAGUUUUUCGACCUUAUCACUCGAAAGCAUUCAACGCAGACAGCCUGACUUAAAAGAUGUGCUGCAAAGCUGAGUGGUCUGUAGUGUAUCAUCAGAGAAGCCACAGGCUGUGAUCCCACGCAGAUGCUUUGUUGUCAGUGAUCAGCCUCGAUUCCCCACCGCAGUCGUCGUUUCAAGUCACGUCUCUGCCUUGUGUGUACAUUGUUUUAUUGUUUUUACCUCAGUGUAGAACUCCCUUUAAAAACACUCAAGUAGAAUUAUCUCUGAAUGAUUUCAAUAUUGGGUUUCUUCCCAAUUUCUCUCUCCUUAUAGCUUUGCACAUUGUUGAUUUGAUAAGCUAGACUCCCUCUUAUCGUCAUACCCUGCAUUGUUUACCCUGCCUGUUCUUAACUUUCACACCACACAAGCUAAUCUGUUUGUUCACACAGUCUAUUUUUGUGAUUCGAUCUAAAGGGUUGUAUGCUUGUCAUCUUAAAUACUCACCUAUUUGGAUUCUCCAGUUUUUUUAGCCUGGCUUUUCAAGUCACUGUUGAAUUUUCGUUAUUUUUAGGACUGAGGAACAGCGUGUACAGGAAAUCAUCUAUGUCUGUUAAUCUUUCUCAAAGCCAAGACUAUAGGCAUGCCAUGGCAACAAAGUAAUUCUAUGCAGUAUAGAGGUGUAAAAUAUGUAUUAUUGAUUAUAAUACCUGUGCUUUAUUUAUUAAUACCCUUUAAAACCGAAGUAAUCUUGUAAACAUGAGCAACAUUGUGGCAAAUUCCUUCUGCUGUUGUUGAGGCUGAAAUCCAAUGUGGGCAUUAAGAUAAAAAGGUCAUAAAACCUUGAACAUCCCUGAACAGGAGUGGAAAAAAAAUGUUAUCUGCACGCACAGAAACAUAGUCUAGAGUUUCAUUAGUACUCCAACACUGAGAAAUUCUCUACUGUACCGUAUAUAGGUGGUACAGUGUGUAUGAUAAGUUAUUAUAAAAUACAUUGCUUGUCUUUUCUACACAGCCUCUAGGUGAAUUGGAAUAUUACAGCAGUCCAUUAUGUCCUGUGAUGAUUUCCUGCUUAUUAUUCACUUGGAUAUCUCUAGGAAAGGCCCUACCAUGUUGUAUUUUAUUUAUUGCACAUUUAGGACAAUGAGGUGCCGCACAGCCAAUAUCAAUUUGAUUGUAAGUCAACAUGUAUUUUUCGCUCCUUAGUGUGUCAUCAAUAGCACAAGGGUAUAUUUUCUCUGCGGCGAACAUUCAGUGAGCUUGCUAUUGAAACAUAAUCCAUCUGUGAGUGAGGGACUGCUCCAGUUUUCUGGUUGUUUUGUAGGUGUUAGAGUGACCAUUGACCCCUUCGCGAUCCUCUGAAAGUAUCGCCUUACGACCAGAGAGCUCCCAUUACUGCUGAAGGGAAAGAACACCGCAGGCUUGUUCAUAUUUCUCAUUCCUUACUCUCCUUGGCUUCUGUCAAGGCCUGUUAUGGUUACAGUGUUGAGAGUUAUAUGAGGAAAAAUCGUUUGCAUGCACAUACGCUCAUGUACAUCUGGGUGAUUAUAUGUGCAGAACUUGUUGUUAUGAGUGUUGCGUGUUCUCCAGCCAAGUGAGCUCCCUGACACGUCCCUGCUUCCCCUGAUUUGAAAUGAAGGAUAAUUGUAGGCUGAGAGAUAGGAAGGUCAAACAUAAACCAUCUAAUUUCCUUGGCCAGACCAAAUUGAAUUUACACACCAAAAUGUCAAAAUGCAUGACGGGAGAGUGUUUGAGUGUCAGACUUUGCUGAAAAUGUCAACAAGGACAAAGCCAAAGACAGGAGGGCUGUUUUAAAACGCAGGCUUUAAACGAUGGGUGGCACCCGGUACUCAAAUCAUCUUUUUACCGCCGCUAAUCAGGGGAGCAGUGAGUAAGAGUGUCGUUGUGUUACCUGAGCAGACUGCAACUUCAGACGGCCUUGGAAAGGAAGAGGUCGGGGCGGAUAGAGCAGCGGGUCAGCCUGUGAGUCUCCUGUGGUAGGGGCGAGUAUUCAGGAUGAGCUCCCAAGGGCAGGACCACCCCAUCUCUGCCACACUUUUUUAAUUUAGUCCUCUCCAUUACGUUAUGAUGCCCGGUUAAAGGUGCAUUUGGCCCGGCUCCAAUUUGAGGUGCGAGAUAAAGGACACUGAUAUUUACCUGGAGCAUUAAAUUUACAAGGUUCUAAAAUGGGGUGUAAACUGCAGCUAGUUUAGCACGUCUAGCCUUGAGAGCUGAACGUGUACCUGUGAAUGUCUGCUUUAUGCAGUGCUGUUGGGAAUACUUCCAUAUCAUCAUUCCAGAUGGUGUCUGAUUUAGCAUCCAUUUAACAGCAGUUUAUGUUGUGCUCU